AUGAACAGUAUUUCUAUUCCUAAAGAUUUCCAAAUAUCUCCUUUAAUAGCUGUUUCAAGUUGUAUUUGGUUCACGUUAGUUUACGUUGGAUUAUUAUAUUUUUCAAAAAACCAUAGAAUCUGUGAUAGAAAUCCGGGCUUGACAAAUACCCAUCCUCAAGUUAUUGUACAUCGUAUAAAAACUACUACAAUAUCUUGCAUAAUAUCAUGUAGUUCUGUUUGGGCAGUCAUAUAUUAUAAUAAUGGAUUUACGAACCAUGAGUCAUCAUACUCACAGAUUAUUACGUUAUUGAAUCUGCUUGGUCUUUAUAUUCCAAAUGAUUUAUAUUAUUUCUUUAAUAUAAUUUUCUUCCCAUUGGGUUUGACCAUGAUAUUAUUCCUUGGUCCAUUAUUUGUUGACUAUUUGGAUGAAGAACUACCUUUCCAAUCACGAUACAACUUUAAAAAAAGUUCUCCAGCUACUGAAGAAUUAGUAUUCAGAAGUUGCAUGAUUUCACUCCUUCAUUAUGCUAAAAUUAGUUAUGUGAAGAUAAUAUUUCUCACUCCUUUAGUCUUUGCUAUAGCUCAUGUGCAUCAUGCUUGGGAGAAUUAUGUUUUAUAUGGUCGAAACAGAGAAGCUGCUAAAAGAGCAAUCAUCAGUUCAGCUUUCCAAUUUUCAUAUACCACAUUGUUCGGAUGGUAUGCAACCUUUAUAUUUAUGCGAACAGGGAGCUUUUUUUCCCCAUUCAUUACACAUAGUUUUGCAAAUAUGAUGGGAUUUCCAAUGAUCAAUUUUUCGGCUCAUCCAAAAAAUGUGCGAACUUUAAUCAUUUUAGCAUUGUUUCUCGGCAUAAUAUUAUUUUCAAUUUUAUUAUUUCCAAUGACUUCUCCUGAAUUAUUUGGUGAAACUUCUUUAUAUUGGAAUUGA